GCCUCACUGUGUACAUAUAAUUAAGCAUUCCUUCGAUCUGACGUAAACAUUGAACCUUUAUAGCUGGCAAGGCGUAUGAGCGUCAGCCCAUUUCUGUGACCACUCAACCCCUUCACGGAAAGCCGGUUUGCACGCGUGGGAAUGUUUUUAAGAGAAAAGGAACUCUUAAAUAGUAUCAAUCCCACCUGCUAUCCUAGCCCCUCAUGUUGGUCUCCGGAACAGCUCACCGCUCAAACAACAUGAACGAAAUACCCAAAGACGAACUUCAAAGAGCAGCACAGCAGCUCGCCAGCUUCCGCACGGACAGCGCGCUUCCAGAAAUAUUAGACCGAUACGGCGCCUUGAUUGAGAGCUACAGGCGCCUGCAGAGUGAUUACGAGGAGGAGCGCGACGCCAGGGAAAGGUACAAGCAGAUUGCCAGAGGUCUGGAGCGAACCCCAUUUGUGCUCGUCUUGAUCGAUGGCGACGGCUACGUCUUCAACGAGAACCUAGUGAGCAAAGGGAUCGAUGGUGGUCGUAAUGCGGCGCAGCUACUUAACGAAUCCAUCAAGACCAGUCUCCAGAUCAAGGGCCUUGACCACUGUCAAAUCAUGGUGCGCGUAUGGGCGAAUCUCGCCGGUUUAUCAAAGACGCUCCACAAAGCAGGACUCGUUGGACCUGAGAAGCGCUCCAUGACCCCCUUUGUCGCCAGCUUCAAUAGGUCAUACGGCCUUUUUGACUACGUGGAUGCCGGCGAGUGGAAAGAGAAUGCCGACUUCAAGUUGCGCGCCAUGCUCAACCUGUACGCAGAGAACUCGCAGUGCAAACACAUCUACUUCGCCGCCUGUCAUGACGGUGGAUACAUUUCCGACCUGACGACGUAUAUCGGCAACAAGGAGAGACUCACCCUCAUUGACUCGCCCAGUGUAAAAUUCCACCCCGAGUAUCGCAAACUCGGCAUGGCUAUUGAGAAGCUUCCCGGCGUGUUCCUAUCAAUGCCGCUAGACGUAAAAUUUGUUUCCAAUUCUUCUCGUACCGGCCCCGCUUCGACCGUUGCUGAAAAGCCGACGGCGGUGGUUCCAUGGGCACCAUCAAGUCAAUCAAACAAUUCCGUGGAAAGCGAACGCAAACCCUGUUUCUUUUAUCAGAUUGGGAAAUGCAAAUACGGUAGAAGUUGCACCAACUUGCAUGUUAGCAGCCACAUCGACUACAUGGACAUGUAGAACGGCAGCCAUGCAAGAAGCAUCAUCCGUCACUCCGUCAAAUGGACUAAGCUUCUUUCCCCCUCGAAAAGUUUGCUUCAUUCAAUUUUUCUUCAGUAUUUGUCUGUUCCGAGUUAUCCGAUCUUUCUUUCUUUUUUUCUUCUACAUCCAUGGGGUAGUCAAAAGAACUCCAAAAAAUAUCAUCGCUUGCUUGUAUUCACGCGGUGUUGAUAUUUAAUACAAAUCUUGGGAGUAUUAACAACGAAAUGUGUUAAGCUCUUAAAAAAGUUUGGUAUCGUGGAGGCUGGUAUAUGUAGGUAGAUUCAACAUCUGCCUUGUGGACUUUUUGUGGACAUGAAGCGAGUGUAUCAAGAGCAGUAUAAUAACCCUGCGCAACGUAGGUAUUUACCAGAUUGACUCAAUUAAGCUGAAAUCAUAAUAAGUUGAAAUAUUUGA